AUGAUAUUAAUGGUUGAUGAGAUCAUUUAACAUAAUACAUUGUCUCAGGUUUUAGAGUUAGUACGCAGUAUAUUUACUCUAUUAAUGAUGUUUGGAAUUUUUGGUAGAAUAGCUUCUUAAAAAUCAAUUUAAUAAGACUUAUUAAUGCUUUUCUUAAAGAAUAUAUAUCAAGAUAAUUAUUUAGGUAUAUUUAAAAAAGCUAAUAAUAAUAUUCUAAGCAAAUAAUAAUAAACUUAACAAUAAAUUCAAACUAACCAAGAAAAUUUAGUAUGUAGAUAAUUUGAGGCCAAAUAAACAGAUGAUGAUAAAAUGUAAGAAAUGGACUAGUAAAUAAGUAAAUAAGUAAGUAAGUAACUAUUCCAGUAUUUUAUAAUAGACAAAAAAAAUUUCUGGACAUAGAAUAAUUAAGCAACAAUAACACAAGCAAUAUUGAAAAUGUGCUAUUUAUACCAAUAAUUAACUAAUAAUUGUUAAUCACCUUAAUCUAUAUAUUAAUCAAUUUAUGAAAAUAAAAAAUUGAUGAAAUUAAUUAAGAAAACUCAAAUAAACAUAGACACACAAUUAACGAAAAAGCAUCUGAUAAUUACUAUUUAGGCACAAAUCAAGGGUAAAAAUAGUAAAUAGAAAAAUUUUCAAGCUAUAUUUCUUAAAAUUUUGUUGCUAAUAAAGUUAAUUUUUACUGAAGAUUGA